AUGGUGCGCCCGUGCACCCCUCCGCCGCAGGCGACAUCACAAGCCGUUAACGUCUCGCCUCCCACCCCAGAAGUCACGCGCAAACUGGAAGAAUCCCGCCUCCGCGCAAAAGACCUCCGCUCACAACGAGAAGCCGCCGCCCGCGCAUCCGGAACUGAGCGGCCCGUAGCCAAGUCAUCAUCUGGCUUCGUCGACACCGAGGACGUCCACGUCGUCGCCCCCGGCAAGCGAACACUCCGCAAACGACCCUACGAGUCCAUCACACAAUCCCAUGUCCCCGAAACCAACCGCGAUGCGCGGUCACCGGCGAAACGGCAAGAUGUCGGCGGCAGCAGUGGAGGGGCUGGCGGCAACGAUGACAGCUCCGUGCCGCGCGCGGCAAACAGGAAGUUCGCACGGUUCGUGGACUAUAACUUCAGCAACAUGACGGACACCAAGGGCGGGUUCCUGUCGACCGAGGACGACCCGUUCAACAAGAGCUUAUCGGGGGGCGGCAGCGGUCCAGGGCCCGGCGCCAACCCGGACGAGCCGCAGCGGCCCAAGCACAUGACCGAGGCGGAGUGGGAGCGGAUGCAGCUGCUGCGGAAGCUGCAGAAACAAAAGGCGGGCCCUUUCGAGCCGGGCCUCAGCGCCAUCGCCGACAAGGCCGAGCGCAAGAAGUGCAGGGAGUGCGGAAACCUCGAGAUCGACUGGGUGUGGGAGGAGGUGUUUGGGUGCUGCGUGUGCGGAGGUUGCAAGGAGAAGUUUCCAGAGAAGUACUCGCUGCUCACCAAGACGGAGUGCCGGGAGGACUACCUCAUCACAGAUCCCGAGCUCCGCGACAAGGACCUCCUCCCGCACCUCUCGCGCCCGAACCCGCACAAGACGCACUGGCACGACAUGAUGCUCUUCCUGCGGUACCAGGUGGAGGAGUACGCCUUCGGGCAGAAGUGGGGCUCCGCGGAGGCGCUGGACGCCGAGUUCGCGCGCCGCGAGGCCGCCAAGAAGAAGCGCAAGGAGGACAAGUUCCGCGACCGGCUGCUGGACCUCAAGAAGAAGACGCGGGCCGACGCGUUCCGGCGCGGGUCCGGCAGCCUCGGCGGCGGGGACGCGCGGUUCGGGGAGAACCUGGCGGCGGGGGGCGCCGUCAAGAAGCAUGUGCACGAGUGGGGGCGGGCGGUCGUGGAUGAGGCGGGGAUGAGCACCAAGACUUGUGUUAGUUGUGGGAUGGAGGUGGAGGAGUUUGAGCUCUGA